AUGGCUACUUUAUCUGGUAAAACCUGCCUUGCCGGCGCCAACGUAGUCAUCUGUGAUAUCAAUGACGAACGACUUCAACAAACCUCUGCGGAGCUUUCGGUGAAAGGCUCCUUGAGAGCAGUGAAUGCAGAUAUUACCUCUGCCGCUGCAGUACAGGGCCUAUUCGGCACAAUCGUUUCCGAGUUUGGGAAACUGGAUAUUCUGAUAAACAAUGCGGGGAUCAUGGACCGCUUUGAUCCUGUUGGGGACUUAGAUGAGGGUGUGUGGGAUCGGGUCAUGGCUGUCAACUUAACGGCACCUUUUCUACUGAGCAGACUGGCUGUUCGGAAUAUGCUGGAGCAGCCGAACCCAGAUGGUUAUAUCAUGAAUAUUGUGUCGUUAGCGGGCAAAGCCGGUUGGACAGCCGGUGCUGCAUACACCGCAAGUAAGCAUGGAUUGGUUGGUUUAACCAAGAAUACAGCUGCGUUCUACGGGAGCAAGGGUAUUCGGUGCAAUGCCCUAAUGAUUGGUGGCAUGGCGACCAAUAUUACCGAGGCAUUCAUGGCAGGUGUCAAUGAAGAGGGGAAGGACAAGGUGAUUGGCAUUAUGGGGUCCGUACGGUCACCCCUGUGUGAGGUCGAUGAGGUUGCGGAAGUGUGUGUCUCUAUGAUAUCCAGCAAGGGGAGCAGACUUAUCAAUGGUGCCUGUAUUCCGGUUGAUCAUGGUUUUUCCGGUACAGUGGGGUAG